GAUUGUCUGCUGGUGACGGGACAACGUGCAGGCUUGUGAUGAAGGUCACGGCUUUAAUUUUGUCCACUCGCCAUCCAGCCGGGGCGGGUGAGAAACGCAACCGGAAAAGGAGCUGCAUUAUCACAAUCAGCUGCAUCCCGCAUCUGAACCCUGAUUCCUGAGGUCUGUGCCUUUCCCUGGUGUUCAUAUUUGUUAGUCGUGUGGAUUUGUGCACGUCUCCGUUUCAGACUUCAGAAAUGGCGAAUAGAGGACCAAGCUAUGGCCUGAGCAGAGAGGUUGAGCAAAAGAUUGAACAGAAAUAUGAUUCUGAAUUAGAAGAACGACUAGUAGCUUGGAUCAUUGCACAAUGUGGUGGGAAUGCAAGUCGUCCAGAUCCUGGAAAAGUACACUUUCAAAAGUGGCUGAUGAAUGGUGCUUUAUUAUGUAAAGUUAUAAACAGCCUUUAUCCAAAAGAUGAAGAGCCAAUUAAAAAAAUCCAAGAAUCUAAAAUGGCCUUUAAACAGAUGGAACAGAUUUCUCAAUUUCUGAAAGCUGCUGAGGCUUAUGGUGUUGCAACAAUGGAUAUCUUCCAGACUGUGGACUUGUGGGAAGGAAAAGAUUUGGCUGCAGUUCAAAGAACUCUAAUGGCUUUGGGUAGUGUAGCAGUUACUAAAGAUGAUGGGUAUUAUUGUGGUGAUCCCAACUGGUUCCAUAAGAAAGCUCAGGGUAAUAAGCGAGCAUUUUCUGAUGAGCAGCUACGAAAGGGACAAAGUGUUAUAGGUUUGCAGAUGGGAAGUAACAAAGGAGCCUCCCAGUCUGGUAUGACUGGUUAUGGUAUGCCUCGUCAGAUCAUGUGAAAUACCAUCCUGUGGUGGGAAACAUCAAAGCAAAUGGACUGCCUACUUAAAAAGGAACCUUUUUUAGCAGAACUUAACUGCUGCCUUCUGAAGCAUCACCAAGCAAGAUGCUUGCUUCUGCUUCAAUUUUUGUGGGCUUUUCUUCUUAAAUGACUCUGGCUGUGUAAAAAUAAUAACGAUCGAAACUUGCAGUAUUAGUCAAGUUGUUUCCACCAGUAUAAGCUGACCAUGACCUGUUCUAAAAUUUUACCUGUUGACUGACAAUGGAUGGUGGGGAAAUUUAUUUAUUAUUUUGGAGUGUUAAGUUCAAUAUGGUCUUCGCCAUCUCUUGAUCUGCAAUUGGUAGUUUAGAGGAGUUUACAAUGCUACAAUUUGCUCAAGUGUUAAGCUAUUUAAUACCUAGUAAAUUACCAAAUAGGAUAUCCUAUCACUCAGUGAGGACCUCUUAUACUUCAAUAAAUGAGGACCAGUUAUUGACUGAUCUUGAGGAUUCCGAUCAUGAGGAAACCGACUGGCCAGUCUUUAAUGGUUGAGCAGUUAAAUGCAAGAACAGUAUUUUCUGGAGUGGUUCUGCUUUUGGGUUCAUGAGGGAAAUGGGAAUGGGCACAUUUGAAAGGUGAUAUCUGAAAUGUAACUGAGCCUACACUGACACUAUAUUGACUACAUAAAAGAUCAUCAAACAUAAUUUAGCCAUUCUAAUUAUAUAAAUAUUCCUCUGGCAUUAACUCAGCUUUAUUUCUUGUACACAAGGGUGCUAAUGAAUUUCUUCAAUUCAUUUCUACGCUUAACUGUGCACUUACCUGUAAGGUUAACACUUUGUCUUUAUUUUGCAUUUGUAUACUUUAUCAUAUUAGAUUUUUCCCAAAAGUUGGAAUCUGCUUUUUUUUACAUUUAGAUAAGCAUCCACUCGAGUUAAACAGCUGGUUUUAAUGUCCCAAUUCCAAGGUCUUAUGAAAAUCAAAGUCACAAACAUUUAUUCUCUUCAGAGCUGAUUCACAAAACUUGUUCUAGAAACUUUGCUUUGAAAUUUUUAAAAAGUAGCACCUCCCAUGAAUGUGACCAAUUAACCAACUGUUGAAAAUUAAUUGCUUGAACUUGCCAAUGGAAUAGAGCUUUUUUUGUAUUUGUUUCAAAACUACUAAAUUUGAUAUCCAGUACACUUCAUUGCUUCAGUUAAGUCCAAUGCUGGCCUACAAGAUAGAACCUAAUAAGCCAGCAUUGCUGUCAAUUGGAAACUUGUGUUUAACAAUUUAAGAUUCUAUUCCUUGACCCUCAGCAGACCUGCCAAUAUUAUUACCAUGUCUAAUCAGAAAAAAUCAACCUGUCUGUCUCCUUUGAAUUUUCCCUAAAGGUUAGAUUUCAGGAAGGGUUUUAAACGUGAACCAGUGUGACAAAUUGUACAUGUGACAUGAUAUGCCUGGGGACUUUUUCCAAGUCAAAUGUCCUAACCAAAAGUUGCUGUUGUCUUGUAUUUCUUGCGAAGCACUCAACCCUGCACCUGAUUUAUAAGUGAAAUCCAUUGUCUGAAGUUCUGUAAACUAGUGAAUGUUCAACAUCUAAUUUCCACAAAUUAAGCCUUCCAUGUCUGAAAAAAUUUAUGGUAUUCAGCAAAUGUGACACUAAAAAUGUUAAUGAAAUAAAACCAUUUUUAUGUUA